AUGGCUACAGACAUUGUUAUAAAGAUGGAUGGAGACGUCGGAAUGCAGCUCCUAUUGGAGGGCAAGAAAAAACUGACUAUCGGUGUCGGAGGCUUGGAGCUUAAUGACCCUGUUGCCAAGAAAGCUGGUCGCUCUUCUUGCGCUCCUUUCACUAGCACUGGAGCUUCCAAGGAUACAAUCCCCUUCUACAACGUGCUGUGGGCCGAAUUCGCCAACAACCACAUUACGAUCGACUACGCUAUCCAUGCUUCGAAAAAGCUGAUCAAGCCCGGAAAAUGGGAAUUCGAACUCGCUACCGACGAUGAGGACGAGGAGAACAGCGCAACUCCGGUCGAAACUUUCGUCAAGACACUAUUGUCGCACGCCUACGGUGAUGCGCCGCCUCGUAAACGCGCCUAUGUAUUGGUCAACCCGAACUCUGGACCUGGAAAGGCUGUCAAGCAAUGGGAGAAUGAGGUGAAGCCACUUCUCGACGCCGCUAAAAUGCAACUCGAUGUUGUCAUUCUCAAGCGUGGCGGCGAGGCUGUUGAGCUGGCACAAAAUGCCGACUUGUCGAGGUACGAUACCAUCAUGGCGUGUUCCGGAGAUGGCACGCCACACGAAGUUUUCAACGGACUUGCCAAGCGACCCGAUGCUGCGAAAGCGCUGUCUACAAUGGCAGUCAGUCACAUUCCUUGCGGUUCAGGUAAUGCAUUCUCGUGCAACCUAUACGGCUCCAAUCAUCCCUCCUUUGCCGCCCUGGCUAUCAUCAAAGGUAUCGUGACUCCAUUAGAUCUGGUAUCAGUUACCUCUGGUAGCAACCGCAUCAUAUCUUUCCUUUCCCAGAGCCUGGGCCUCAUCGCAGAAUGUGAUCUUGGCACAGAGAACAUGCGUUGGAUGGGCAGUGCGCGAUUCGAAGUUGGUGUUGUGCAACGCAUGUACAAGAAGAAAUGCUACCCUUUUGACCUGGCGGUCAAGGUUGAGAUUGAGGAGAAGGAAGGUGUCAAGGCGCACUACAAGCAUCAUGCGAGCACCACAAGCCUUGCUCAGCUGGCUAAGAGCGCUGGGUCGCAAUCUAUGUCCGACGAUGCUGGCCUGCCAGAACUGAAGUACGGCACCAUCCAGGACGAGCUUCCUGAAGGCUGGGAGAUGAUCCCUUACGACAAUGUGGGCACUUUCUAUGCCGGCAAUAUGGCCUACAUGUCUCCCGAUGCUCCCUUUUUCGCCGCCUCACUGAUUUCUGAUGGUUUGAUGGAUCUGGUCACCAUUGAUGGCAACUUGCCCUUCCUCACCGCAAUCAGGGUCCUUCUUGACGUUGGAGCUGAGCGAUUGUUCGACAACCCUCACGUCACUUACAAGAAGAUCUCGGCGUAUCGCAUCAUCCCCCGUGAUCAGGACGACGGCUACAUCAGCAUCGACGGCGAGAAGUGUCCGUUUGGGCCGUUCCAGGCUGAGAUUCAUCAGGGUCUCGGAAGAGUCAUCUCGAAGGCUGGUAGGUAUGAGGCGUCCGGGCCAAAGGGCUGGGACAAGGUAACAUUGGCCGAUCGUAUCCACAGCUAA